AUGGUGGUUCAAGAUUUGGUGAAACAUUAUGGUAGGAAAGAUGUGAAGCCUAGCUGCUUAAUGAAGAUUGAUCUGCAGAAGGCAUAUGAUACAGUGGAUUGGAACUUUCUGCUUCAAAUGUUGGAGCAGUUAGGUUUUCCUAAGAAGUUUGUUGAUCUAAUUAUGGAAUGUGUGACUACCCCCAUGUUUUCUCUGGUUAUUAAUGGCUCUCUUCAUGGUUUUUUCAAAUCUAAAAGGGGGCUGAGACAAGGGGAUCCCAUGUCCCCUCUGUUGUUUGUAAUCUGUAUGGAGUAUCUUUCCAGAAUAUUUCAUCAAAUGAGUGAGCUUCCCAUGUUCCAGUUUCAUCCAAGAUGCAGAGAGUUAAAGCUGACACACUUGUGUUUUGCUGAUGAUCUUAUUCUGUGCUGCAAAGGUGAAUUUCCUUCAAUAUAUUUGCUACUUCAAGCUUUCAAGUUGUUCUCUGAUUCAUCUGGUUUAAUGGCAAAUAAGCAAAAAUCGUCUAUUUAUUGUUAUGGCAUGGCUGAAGAUGAUGUGAAGAGAGUAGUGUCAGCUUCUGGUUUUACUAGGAGUACCUUACCUUUCAAGUAUCUGGGUGUACCUAUCUGUGCUAAAAAGAUUACUGCUGCACAAUGUGAAAUGUUAGUGGAUAAGAUGAUUCUCAGAAUCAAAGUGUGGAGUUCUAGAAACCUUUCCUACACAGCAAGAGUUCUUCUGAUUAAUUCUGUUUUGCUGAGUUUGCAUAGUUAUUGGGCUCAGAUUUAUGUCUUGCCUAAGAAGGUUCUGAAAGAGAUCACCAUGGUGUGUAGGUCAUUUCUGUGGAGUGGGCAAGCUUAUAGUAGCAAGCCAAGUAACAUUUCCUGGAAAAGUUCUUGUUGUGAGAAGAAAGAGGGUGGUCUUGGCUUCAGAGAUAUUCUGACAUGGAAUACUGCAGCUAUUGGUAAGUAUGUGUGGGCUGUGGCCACAAAGCAAGAUAGUAUAUGGAUCAAAUGGGUAAGCUCUGUAUAUGUCAAGGAUGGGGAAUGGUGGGAGUACCAGCCUAACAAUUCUGCAAGCUGGUACUGGAGAAAGAUUUGUGAAACAAAAGAAGUCCUGAAGCAAUACUACACUAUUGCUGAAUUUAGUAGUAUGUCCUGUUAUUCUGUGAAAGAUGUGUAUCAAAAACUUACAGGUCCAAAACCCUUGGUGCACUGGGAUCAUAUGGUUUGGAAUAGAUUGAAUACACCCAAGCACAAGUUCAUUUGUUGGAUGGCUGUUCAGGAUAGGUUACAGACAGCUGCAAGAUUAGCCAGAAUUGGUGUUUGCUCCUCCCCAAACUGUCUGUUGUGUGAUCAGCAAGAAGAGGUCCAUGACCAUCUGUUUUUUGCUUGCCCCUAUAGCAAGAGGUGUAUUGAGGAGAUCAAGAGUUGGGUUGGCUUUCACACUACUCACAGUGGGCUUCAGAUUCUCAUUAGUAGAAUUGGUAAUAGUCAUCAAACCAAAUUUCGAAGGCAAGUCUGGUAUGCUGCUUUAGCAGCAACUGUGUAUUCUGUAUGGAGGAGUAGGAAUGGCAGUUUAUGGGAUAAGUGUAUCCCAACUGUGCAUAGCACUGUUACUAGAAUCAAGCAGAUUGUGAGAGAUCGAAUUAGGAGUGUAAUGCCUAGAAAAUUGCAAAAGUUGAUAGACCUCCCAAAUAGAGAAAGAGGGGUGCAAUUAAUGAAGCUAAGAAGAGGAAGAGGCACAUCUCAUUUAAGUGUGGCAAAUGCAAGAAAGUGGAUCACGAUGCUCGGACCUGGAAGUUUGGUGUUGGAUCUUCCAAGUCCUCCAAAACAUAAAACACCUUUUGUUUCUAUAGGUAGGAACAGAAAAGUUUCCCCUGAUGGUGCAAACCUUCUUGUCUACUCUUGGGACAAAGGGAAAAAUGUAUGCUUAGAUGUCACGGGUAUCUCUACAUUCACCGGGCCAGGAGUUGAUGCUUUUGCUCCUGGGGUUGUUGUCGCUAAUGCUGUUGUCAGGAAGAAGAAGAAGUACGAAGCGAAGUGCAUAGACAACGGAUAUGGUUUUAUCGCUUUUGCUUUCUCCACUCUUGGAGAACUGGGGAGUGAUGCCCUCGAGUUCAUGGCUAGGCUCGCACGGGUUGCUCAGAGUAACACGGCUACUGCUAACAUUCGUUCUUUCCUUUUUCAAUGA